AUGGAAGAUUUCCACAAGGCACUGAAUGACAAGGGACUGACUGUUUCUAGCUCCCCAGAAAAGGGUCGGAGCCUCUUGACCACCAGAGACUUUUCUCCAGGGGAGGUUAUUCUAAGCCAAGAGCCAUAUGUAUCAGUACCUAACCGAAAUUCAAUUGAUUCACGCCCCAAAUGUGAGUGGUGUUUCUCCUCAAGUAAUCUCAAGAAGUGCUCUGCUUGUAAAGUUGUCUGGUACUGUGGAAGAAGUUGCCAGACUAUGGACUGGAAAUUGCAUUCCCUUGAGUGCCAAGUACUAUGUGAAGUUGACAAAAGCCGACUGACGUCACUUACACCUUCCAUACGCUUAAUGGUAAAACUCUUUCUUCGGAGAAAACUACAAAAGGAGAAGGGUAUACUAUCAACUUCCACAGACAACUACAAUCUGGUGGAGGCUUUGGUCUCGCAUAUGUCUGACAUCAAUGAGGAGCAAUUGGUGUCCUAUGCGCAGAUGGCUAACCUUGUCAAUUUGAUUCUGCAGUCAGAGCCCGAUGUCAAUAUUAAGGAGAUUGCAGUGAAUUUUUCUAGGCUUGCUUGUAAUGCGCACACUAUAUGUGAUGCUGAGCUGAGACCAGUGGGAACAGGAUUAUAUCCUGUUAUUUCUCUUAUUAAUCACAGCUGUUUGCCAAAUUCUGUUUUAGUGUUUGACGGAAGGGUGGCAGUUGUUCGUUCUCUUCAGUAUAUUCCGAAAGGUUCAGAGGUACUAAUAAGCUACAUAGAAACGGCGGCAAGUACUAUGACUCGUCAGAAAUCUCUCAAGGAACAGUAUUUCUUCACUUGUACUUGUACCCGGUGCAAAGAAGUGGGGCAACACAGUGAUAUUAGAGAAAGUGCAAUCCUGGAAGGUUACAGAUGUAAGGAUGACAACUGCAUUGGUUUUCUGCUUCGUGACUCCGAAAAUAAGGGAUUCAUAUGCCAACAGUGUGGACUGCUAAGAGACAAGGAAGAAGUAAAAAGCAUUGCUGCUGAAAUCAAAUUAUUGACAGAAAAAGUUUCCACUUUGUCUUCGGAAGGGAAGAAAGAUACUCGUUCCAUUUACACAGCAAUUGAGAAACUGCAAGUGAAGCUCUGCCAUCCUUUCUCAGUUAAUCUUAUGAGGACUAGGGAGACUCUUCUAAAGACAUACAUGGAGGUGCAAGAUUGGGAACAAGCAUUGGCAUACUGCAGAAUAAUUAUCCCGAUUUAUGAGAGAGUUUACCCAAGCCUUCAUCCAUUAAUUGGAUUGCAGUAUUAUACAUGUGGAAAGCUGGAAUGGUUUCUUGGGGAGACUUUGGAAGCCAUCCAGUCUUUUACCAAGGCUUUGGGUAUAUUAAGCAUCACUCAUGGAACGGCGACAAGUUUUGUGAAGGAACUCGUGCUGAAGUUGGAGGAAGCGCAUGCUGAAGCAUCUCAUAAGAAUCUUGCACCCGUCCGUGCCACUUGA